UGUUCACCGGACGUCUGUGUCCACACACAAUGUCUGUAGACAAUGUCCGAAGACAAUUUAUUUCUUUGGACAUUUGGCGGACGCAAACGUUGACAAUGUUCAAAUAUAUCUGUGUACAAGUAAAAUGCGUGGACAGUGUCCAU